GAAAAGAAAGAAAGGAGAAAGAAAAAGUUCCAAAAAAGACAAACCAAACCACAUUUCAUAAAUCAACCCUAUAAGUGAAGCUUUCCCACAAAAGGUCUGGAUAAAUCCUCUGAGGAGAGAAUUCAUCAAGGACCUCUCUCUCUCUCUCUCUCUCUCUCUCUCUCUCUCUCUCUCUCUCUCUCUCUCUUUCUCUAGAGAUGGGUUUAUGGAACCAUCAUGUGGAAGGCCAAAAUUUGUGCUUUCAAGCACCUCCUUUCAUUGAAUGGCUGAAGCCACCUUCCUCUUUUUCUUCAUCAUCAUCCCCUUCUUUUUGCUUAUCUGAGAAUAGCACUACUAUGCAAUGCUUGCCUCUUUUAAGCCAGUUUACAGACACCAAGCCAAUGAAAAUAGAAGAUGCUGGGGUGCAGAAAGAGGGUUUUGGAGUCAAAGAAGAGAAAAUGGAGCAAGUUACAGUGGCCUUGCGCAUUGGACUGCCAAAUAGUACUAGUGAAGCUGAUCAAUCAGACACUCAUCAUGAGAAUAAGAAGGUUUUGGAUCUCAAGGAAGAAGAAGGAGUAGCCAUGAGGAAGAGCUUUCAUGGGUGCUCUUUUAAUGCAGAGAGUAGGUUUUGGAUACCAACACCUGCUCAGAUUCUUGUUGGGCCGAUGCAGUUUGCUUGCUCCAUUUGCAGCAAGACCUUCAAUAGGUACAAUAACAUGCAGAUGCAUAUGUGGGGCCACGGAUCUGAAUUUAGAAAAGGGCCAGAUUCUCUCAAAGGAACACAACCAGCCGCAAUGCUGAGGCUACCAUGCUAUUGCUGUGCUCAAGGCUGCAAGAACAACAUCAAUCACCCAAGAGCCAAGCCACUGAAAGACUUCAGAACUCUCCAAACUCACUACAAGAGAAAGCAUGGAGCAAAGCCAUUCAUGUGUAGAAAAUGUGCCAAAACAUUUGCAGUUAAGGGAGAUUGGAGAACCCAUGAGAAGAACUGUGGGAAGCUAUGGUAUUGCACCUGUGGAUCUGAUUUCAAGCACAAAAGGUCACUCAAGGACCACAUUAGAUCCUUCGGAAAAGGGCACUCUCCACACCCUUCUCUUGAUGGUUUUCAUGAGGAUGAGAAGGAAUGCAUAACUGGUUCUGAAGACGACUGAGUUUUUAUCAAAACUAGCCAAAAAGUAACUUGUACCCUCUUCUAAAAGAUAGCACUUUUAUAAAAACUUUCCAAGAACAGCCAAAAACUGCGCUUAGGUUUGGUGCCUAGGCCUAUUUGGUUAUUUUUGAAAGUUUUUAUAAAAUUUCUAUCAUUAGAAAAAAGGGUAAACUUUUGCUAGUUUUGAUAAAAACUCAAGAUGACAAGGACAUCAUGAAGCUUAAUUUCCUUCCUUCAGGUUUAAUAUUCGAAAUUAUCUAAGUAUAGAGGAUAAAGUAAUUAGUGGGCUUUAAUAUAUCUCCAAGCUUGUGCUCAGUAACAAAAAAUUCUCAGCAGCUUGCACACCAUGCACAUAGGGAGCGGUUUGCUACGGAGCAUUUGCUGCGGGAGAGGGAGUAAAAUUUAUUUUAACUCUAGACAGUUUGUUUAAUUAUGUCAAUAAGUUGAUGAUUGCCUGAAGUGAUGAAGCAUAUGAAUUUUCUUCUCCUAUCAACACAAGGUAGGUAUUAUAAUGUUACAAUCUUUUUUGUAGCAUCCCCCAUUGGAGAAAAUUUGUCAGCUUCAUUGCCAACUGGUAAUCUUUUACAUGAUUGUUGUAUUAUAUUGAAUGGAAAUGUUGGGAUAAUCAUCUCUAUAUGUGCUC